AUGGAAAGCGCUUCAAACAGGAAUGGUACUUGCUCUUGUGAAAUAUGCCGGUUGCAUCCCCACGUGAAGGGAGCGCUGCGGCGCAUGCAGCCUCCUGAAUUGAAGCUUUAUUCACGAGCGGAGCUCAUUGAGUUGCUUGAAAGGGAUAUCGCGGAGGCCCCACAAGCCGAACAGAGUACGCAGGUGGGAUCUGAGGAGUGCUGGUGGCAUCUUUGUGCCGCUGAUGCUGCUUUCCCCUUCUAUGUAAUACCCACGAGGGAAUUCGUCUCUGCUCUUGCUUCAUACUUGGCAAGUCGUGUUCUGGCCAUCAGUUGUAACAGCAGCCGGACGAGCAGCAAAUGCUGCAGUUGCAGUGCGGGAGCAGCCUGGAAAACCAGCAGUUGCUGCAGUCGCUGGAACUUUGACAGGCCUGUUACUAUUCUGGAGUGCGGAGCCGGUACGGGGCUGCUGGCUGCUCACCUGGAGCCACUACUGCAGAAGAAACUCAAGUCAAUACGGCAGCGCAGCAUCAGCAUCUCAUGCUAUCCCCAACAGCAACAGCAGCAGGAGGCAGGGCACACUGGACGGGAGCAGGCGGCUUUGCCUGUACACCUGCCUGGCAGUCGAGUCAACGCCGGAGCAGAAAAUAGCAGCUCAGGCAAAUUUGCAGUGCCUGGUGAUACCUUCAGAGCACGUUCCGCCCCUUCACAGACGCAACACACUGCAGACAGCACCUCUGCUGCAGAGUCUCCCGUGGGUGCGUCCUGCGAGCCGUUUCUCACUACUUACAUUGCUUCUGAGCCUCGAGCGGACCUUCAGUGGUGUCCUAGAGAAUUAGGUGCGACGAGGGCUGGGUGUCGCUCUGUGAUGCAGCAACACUGUCCGCAAUUAGUGAUAUGCUGCUGGAUGCCCUUUAAUGUAGACUGGACUGAAAGUGCUCGCUCCAGUUGCUGCGCGUGCUGUAGAAGGACCCAAGCACAGUGCUGUGGUGGUGAUAUGUCACAACGGCAGAGUUUUAACUGUCAAGUGAGGGAGUAUGUGCUUAUUGGACACGCGGAAGGGGGACUCGUGGGCCGCCCACUCGAGACGUGGGGAUUGCAGGGUCAUCGCGUCUGCUCAUUGCCUCUGGGCGUUGACUAUGAAGAAAUGGAAAAGUCUCAAAACUGGCAAGAACGCAGCAGUGGUAGCAUUCCUUAUGGCGCUGGAACAAGCUGCUCAGUAUCUGCUGCAGAGGCGUUGAAGGUGGCUGAGGACCAAAGGAUGGAUAGAAGCAAAAGGCGCAAACAGAGCAUGAACGGCGACGCAACAGCGAAGGCUCGAAAUUGGCAGUCAGCAAACAACUUCUGCUCUCUUCCGCCGGAUGUGCCCGCAGCCCGGGAUUCUCGUCAAGCACAGUACGGCUUGGGGGAGCGUACAGAUGGUGCUGCCAAGCUUGCCGGAGAAAGGGUAGUCGAAUUCGGCGGCUUCGAGCUCUUACCCCUGUUGGAUAGGCCGUAUUACCGAGAAGGCUUUAUGCGACUUCCUUCGUUGCCGUUGCCUGCUGAAAUUGAGAAGACCGUGGGUGGUGAAGAGGCGAACCAGGAUCGCCUACUACAGGAGCUGCAGCAGGCGCAGCCACUCAGCCGAUUUGAUUCUCCCCAUAGCCUGCGUGCGGGUUGCCCUCCCGCAUCUCGAAUUGUUGUGUUUCGCCGCAUGGAGAGAGAUAUCAAAGGCGGCCUUGAACACAAAUGA